CCCCUGCACAUUGUGGUUCAGCAGCCCAAGCUGGAUGGAGACUUCUCGUGGAAUGUAAAGGUGUAGAAAUCUGGGCUAAAAUGAAGAAAACCAAGAUUGUAGUUUUUUGGUGCUGCCUUCUUACAAAGUCCGUGUUCUGUUUAGAAAUACAGCACGCUUAUGAACAGCAUACCGAGCUAAGCCUGGAUGAGACGGCUAGGGGGCGCCGUGAUGUAAUCGAAGAAGAAAAAUUUUACAACAUUCAUUCUGAUGUACGAAAAGAGACCCAUAAUAAUAUAAACCAUCAGACACCAUGGCUUCCUGGGCCACUACCUCCAGAAGAAGACCAAACUACUAAAAUAUCAAUCACAAAUCCCGAGAUCAAGGAAGUACUGCCCCUUUACCAGACGACUGAGAGAGUAACAGAUAAACCAACAGGGCGUGGAGCUAGAGCAUCCAAUGAAAAUUGGAUUAAACUGCCGUAUCCUGAUCGUGUUGUAGAACAAAGAAGCGAGGUUCUGACACCACCGCAGCCUUCCGGGGACUUGAUUAAUUCGAGAAUGCCAAGGAUUAACUUUGUCACCCAAAAUAAACAGCUAGAAGCAUCAGAGUCUCGCAACGAUAAACAAUCGAUUCAAAGAACAAGAAAUGACGAUAUUCGAACAGAGUUUGUCCGACCUGACGAGGACGAUAGAAAUAAGCCGUACAAGCCCGUAUAUCCCCGACAAGCAGUAUAUUAUCCGGCGGAGUCGAGGCGACCGUAUUACGAUGAUCGAUACUAUCCCACUGAUGAUUUAUACAGACGCGAUCCCUAUUAUGAUUUAUACGACCGAAGGCGGUACAUGCCGGGUUACGUCCCAAGAGUCGAUAGAUACGACGAUACUCUAGACAAUUAUGUGUCUAGGAAGCCUAAAAGGAUUAUAUACUACGCUCAUCUACCUGAGGUUGUUCGGACGCCACCUAGUGUCGACUUGCGGUAUAGAUACUCUGCGGAUCCUUACAGACGUUUCGACGACGAUAUUUACGCGAGGUCGGGAAGGUAUGAUUACAGAUUUAGGAACAGAUAUCCUUACGCCCCACUGAGGAAGGAGGAAAGGAAUUACAGAGAUUUAGCCGGAGCUGGUUCUGUCAAUAAAGAUAAAAAAAUCGAGGAGAAAGUAACGCCUACAGCGGUAUUGCCGAAGAAGGAGGAAAAAUUAAAAAACAACUCCAAUGAUAGAAAUAUUAAUAGGAAUUUAAUUAAUAGCCACCAGUAUCAUGACAGUCAAGGGAUUGACUACAACGAUCAGUUGACUCACAAGUCCUUUCAAGACGUCGUGCGACCAGAUGACGGAUACUUAAGAUUUGAAGAGCCGUUAUUCCAGACUGCUAUAGAGGACCCUUAUCAAAGAAAAUAUUAAACAUUUGUCCCCUUUUUGGCUCGUUUUUUCCAUAGUUGAAAACUAGCCACUAAUGUUGCUUAUAUUGAAUUGCUAAAUCUCU